CUGCAGCCGUCUGACCCGCGUCCGUAGAGCCGGGAAGAUGGCGAUGACGCUGCUGGAAGACUGGUGCCGGGGAAUGGAUGUGAACGCGCAGCGAGCCCUGCUGGUGUGGGGGAUCCCGGUGAACUGCGACGAGGCGGAGAUCGAGGAGACGCUGCAGGCGGCCAUGCCCCAGGUGCCCUACCGCGUGCUGGGGCGGAUGUUCUGGCGGGAGGAGAACGCCAAGGCCGCGCUGCUGGAGCUCACGGGCGCGGUGGACUACGCCGCCAUCCCCCGGGAGAUGCCCGGCAAGGGCGGCGUCUGGAAGGUGGUGUACAAGCCCCCGACCUCCGACGCCGAGUUCCUGGAGAGGCUGCACCUGUUCCUGGCGCGGGAGGGCUGGACCGUGCCGGACGUGGCCCGCGUCCUCGGGUUCCAGGCCCCGGCCCCGGCCCCGGGCCCGGACAUGCCGGCCGAGAUGCUGAGCUACAUCCUGGACAACGUCAUCCAGCCCCUGGUGGAGUCCAUUUGGUACAAGAAGCUGACGGUGUUCUCGGGGAAGGACGUCCCGGGCCCCGGCGAGGAGUCCUUCGACCCCUGGCUGGAGCACACCCACGAGGUCCUCUCCGAGUGGCAGGUGUCCGACACGGAGAAGCGGCGGCGGCUGAUGGAGAGCCUCCGGGGCCCCGCCGCCGACGUCAUCCGCAUCCUCAAGACCAACAACCCCGCCAUCACCACCCUCGAGUGCCUCAAGGCGCUGGAGCAGGUGUUCGGGAGCGUGGAGAGCUCCAGGGAUGCGCAGGUGCGGUUUCUGAACACGUACCAGAACCCGGGGGAGAAGCUGUCGGCGUACGUCAUCCGCCUGGAGCCGCUGCUGCAGAAGGUGGUGGAGAAGGGCGCCAUCGAGAAGGACAACGUGAACCAGGCCCGCCUGGAGCAGGUCAUCGCGGGCGCCAACCACAGCGGCGCCAUCCGCAGGCAGCUGUGGCUGACGGGCGCCGCCGAGGGGCCGGCCCCCAACCUCUUCCAGCUUCUGGUGCAGAUCCGCGAGGAGGAGGCCAAGGAGGAGGAGGAGGAGGCCGAGGCCGCCCUCCUGCAGUUAGGCCUGGACGCGAGCUUCUGAGGCCCCGGAAAGGGGGGGGGGGGGUGUUUAGUGCAGACCUAGGUAACAGCUUCUUUGUGGUGUCUUAUAGGCGUGUUUCUUAGUCAAGUCCUGUGUGUUUUUGUGUGUUUUGGGGGGAGGGGCGGGGGGAGUCAGGCCUUGCAUAUUCAUGUAACAUUAGUAAAAUUGUGCCAGAGAGCGCCCUGAGCUGCGACACGUGCCAUGCUAGCAUGCUAAAACGCCAGGGAAAGGCUUGGACACAGGUGCUCAGUGCAAGCUGUCAUCUUGACACCAUCAGUUUGGGGGGAAAUGUGAAACUUGUGAGACUUUCUCACCGAGAUACCUACAUGUGAAAUUGCAUGUUCAGUUGUUUAGUUCAGAGCCUGGCUAACACAAGAAGUGUUCGGUAAAAA